AUGCCGACAGCUACCUGGGCCUUAGACUUUGACCUGAUCAAUCUUGGCCCUCUGACCACCACCUUCACAGCUCCGCCUGAAUGUACCCUCCCGGUCCAAGGCGUCGGGCUCGGCCCCGACGCUUAUGAGCCUGACUACAUCCUAUGGAACCAACAAUGCGACAUAGUAUCGGCUGGCAACUGUCUCCCGUCGGGGUCUGCAAUGGACAAUGAUUACAAUUCUCGCACCGGUCAACCAAACCAAGGCUAUCAGCUUUACUACUACUCGCCAGCUGCGGCGUGUCCGGUAGAUUGGAAGACUGUCGGCCUUGUAUCACGAGCCAAGGAUGGCUACUGUCGUAUAGCGGAGUUUUUUGAUCCGUCAUGGGGUAACGCGCCCCGAGAAAAUCGGAAACGACGAAACACUGUCUUCAAUCCCCUCGUCCAUCGGGUGGGCGAAUGCACUCCGGCCUCUCAGGAGACUGGAAUCCGCGUGCUGUCCCCAGCCAAGUUUUCCGGGCACAACAGCCAUGCGGCAUCGAGAACCACGAACUUGGCCUCCCGGAACAUACGUACCGGAUCUUUUCCACUCGGCAACCAGACCGUGACGGGCAUAGUGUUGAGCCUGACAACGACGCUCGACCUCAUCAGCUCCGAGACGACUUUUUCUUCGGGUUACUGGGCCACAGCCGAUGACGAUCAAGAAUGGGAGGGCAUUGCCACCCAGAACAUGAUUUUUCUGGCUACAGGCGGCGCUUCUCCUGCGCCGACGCCGAAGCAGACUUUUACGGAGACAGAGGCCUUCUCACAGGCGACUGGUGCGAGUGCAACAACGUCGUCACAGAGUGGAACAGGAGCAAGAAUGACGGGCUCGAAGGGGCAUACAUGGGGAAUUGUGGCAAGCCUAGCUGUAUUGACGCUUUUUUGUCCGUGGUAG